GUUUAGUGUGUACUGAUCGUGAGUACUCAGAAGCCCGAAGCAGAAGUGCGUUGACUUGUUACUGGCUGGAAAGCCAAAAUAGAAUUUCGUUACAUCACUGGUUCGUAAAAAAAUUGUCAACGGAAGCUUACCAUCUUAUCAUACAUCGCAAGAAAAAGCGUUUCCCAACCAUCUUGAUCUCCCCAUUUCGGACAGCGCAGACAUGGACGCGAGUACAAUUAUCGCCGUAGCUAUCAUUUUUAUGCUGAUUGCCAUCUUCGGAACCGUAGCUUUUCUCCUCGCUUAUUUGGGCGCAUUUCGCGAGAUUUUGAUUAAUGUUGGAAAGCCUCCUGUGAAGAAGUUUCGCGGAUACUACAAGUUUGCGCGUGGAGAUUAUAAGGAAAGUGGAAGUUUGUUCGAGGAAACAAGCAAAUUAGCCCCCGAUCUUCGAACAUUUGGCAUAUAUUACGACGAUCCCGAAAAGACACCGUUUGCCAGCCGGCGUUACAUAGUGGGGACGAUCGUUGAAGAAGACGGAGUACCGGGUGUGGAAGAUAGCGAAAAACUAAAACAGUUCGAACAGGCUUUAAAAGAGCAUGGCUAUAAGGAGGUCGAGAUCCCCUCCGUUGAGAAUGCUGCAUUCGUCACAUUUCCCUGGCGGACGAAUUUCAGCAUCUUCAUUGCCGUCAACAGGGUUUAUCCGGCAUUCAGUAAUUUCAUAAAGGAAAAACGUUUGGAUCACGGUCCAUUUUUGGAGGUGUACGAUCGCCCAGCUGAAGCAAUUCAUUUUGCCACACCUUUGGAAAAAUUUGAUGAUUUGUAUGUGCUGGACUGUCUGGAAGCGAAUAACGAUGAAGACUACGAAGAUCUGUCUCCCGAAAGCGCCAACGAAGAUGCUGAAGCCGAGGAUGGAGAAUCCCGAGACGUGCCCAAAGAUAGUGAAUAACGGCCAGACGGCUGUCAAAUGAUAAGUGGCAUUUGAGUAAAUCUCUUGAUGGUCUUCAACGAUUAACGCUUUUUUUGUGCUUUUUGACCGAGAAUCUUAUCAAGAUAUUCCAUGUAAGACGUGUCGUGAAGCAGAUUUUUUUAUAAAGUGAUGCUGUGUGUAGUUUAUAUUAGGGCGGCGCGCCAAGUGUUUCCCCAUUUCGUCAGCCUGUAUUUCAUAAAUGUCAAAGCCUCGGAUGUACAGUGCGGUGUGAUAAAAUGGUGGGUGAUUAGAA